AUGGUGAAGGUCAAGGCUCAUGAGCUUAGAGGCAAGAGUAGAGAGGAGCUCCUCCGCCAGCUUGAUGAGUUGAAAACCGAGCUUCAGCAGCUGAGAGUCGCUAAGGUUACUGGAGGUGCCGCUUCAAAACUCUCAAAGAUCAAAGUUGUGAGGAAGUCUAUCGCAAGAGUUUUGACAGUGUAUAAUCAGAACAAGAAGCAAGCCAUCCGAGAUAAAUCCGCUGAUGAGAUUUACAAGCCCCUUGACAUCAGAGCUAAGUUGACCCGUGCUCUUAGGAGAAAGCUCUCUCCUGAACAGGCAUCCAAGCAGACUCUUAAGGCCAUCAAGAAGGCCAAGUACUUCCCUCAGCGCAAGUAUGCAGUCAAGGCUUAAAUCAUCGUGGGAGGAAUAAACGUGGAAUGCAAAAUCUUUC